GCGGCGACGACAGACUAGACUCCUUUUCUCAUAGUCUCUACCCCAUUCCAUCACUUGUCCUAACUCAACGUUAUGAAACUGCGCAAGCGCAUGCGAAGGAAGACACCAAAGGUCCGCACGGGGUGUGGGACCUGCAAUUUGAGAACUGACGUUGUGGCAGUCCGAAGAAUAAAAUGCGAUGAAGGCAAGCCGUGCUGCCAACGAUGUAGGUGUUCCAUUGACGCUAUGUCAUAUUUCAGGAUUACUAAACUGUGGUUUAUAGGCAUUCGUAGUCAUAUCCAAUGCGGAGGGUAUGCUCACCUCAUCGGAAUAGAACCUCUUAUAGUUGAUAAAAAGAGUUCGCAAGCGCUGCAAUUCUUUAUACGACAUACACAGAGGCAGUUUGGCACUUUCAUUAUCGAUGACCUAUGGCAACAGUGGAUCCCACAGGUCGCACAUGCUGAACCCUGCCUACAAGAUGCUCUCGGUGUCCUAUCAUUAUAUCAUGAGAUGUAUACCUUCCGUCGCCCGAUGACUGACGGACGGCAGUGUCUGCUCUUAUAUAACAGGGCUAUUCACAGAGUGAAGUCUGCCAAAUACGAUACGGUAUUGGUCUCUCUCUUAUCUUGCGCUAUAUUUAUAUGCAUUGAAGCUGUUAGAGGUCAGCACGCAUCUGUAAUCCGGCUACUUAAAUGCGCUUGCGCGAUUCUUCAGGAAGGAAGACAAGCAACCAGCUUCCACGGCUAUGCUUUUAUUGAAAAGGAUAGAUUGCAAAGUCGUCUAGCAGCAUUCUUUAUUCGAAUGUCUGGUCAAGCAGCUUGGCUGUUCGGUAUCAAAGUACCAAUUCUAUGCAAUAUUGCAGCUGAACUGAAACAUGCCUUCCACCCCUAUCAGAUAGGGAACAGGAAUAACAAGUUCACCUCACUCGGAGAAGCCCGAGAUGCACUGAAUUUCAUCAUUCUUGGCCUAGUAGACAGUCCCAACCCUUAUGAGCCAUAUCCGGAUCACGAAAGUCAAUCAAUAUUGGACUCUCUAAAACAGUGGUGGGAAGAUUUUACGCCUUUCAGACGCCUGUUACGGUGCCAUACCACACAUUCUAACCAUUCUAGUGGCGUAUUCCUACUUCUCCUCCAGUAUCAUGUACUUGCUACGGAAGUAGUUUCAUGGCACAAGAACGCUGCCUUCGAUGGCAGCUGGACAAACACGCCACCCGAGCUAUAUAGAGCCAUCUUUGCGUGUGCAGAGAGAGCCAUAGAAGCAGCAAACAACAAUUCCAAGUAUACUGGAAUUUCAAUAUUCCACACUGACGUUGGUAUUGCGCCACUUUUAUCACAAGUCCUGGUCCGAUCCCGCGAUCCCACUGUGCGGCGCCAGUGCCUUGCUAUUAUGAACAGAUGGGUCUCUCAAGAAGGUGUUUUUAACGGUGUAGCAAUGACUACAUUAGCAAGGAAACUAGAUGCUAUGGCACAUGAAUACUCUUUUGUUUACGUUAAACCUGGUGGCUUGGCUGGGCAGCUCGAGGUGACAUUAUACACUCGUCAAAGGGAACUACAAAAUGUAUUUUUAGUAGAAUCAUACUAGAACGGGGUAUUAAAUGUAUUAAAUGUGUAUAGAGCCGAUGAUAACGGCACAAUGGACUAAAACAGCUUAAUUCUACGCGUCUUUUUCGCGCACUAUUUGCGAGCCCUAAUAGUAAUCGCACAGGAACUGAAAAUUAUCAUGAC